UCAUCACUGUCUGAUCCUUCAGACUUCAAGCACAGAGCCGUGCCACAACUUGCGGGACUCGAAACGCCAUUCAUAAAAACAAACCCACACGCGCACGCACUGGACUUCUCCAGUUUGACUCGCUGUGCACAUUUGCUCUUGCGGUUUUUCACUUAUGUCCCGCAAAUCCAGCGAUGACUAUAACCUGCGUAGUAUGAGCAACCUGAUGGGCGAGAGGAGAAAGCGGGCGUCGGAUGAUGGAGAGCGGAGUCUCAUCAAGGCUCCGUCCAGCGCGAGCGUCAGCAGCGCGGGUCCCUCAGCGGCGGCUCCCGCGCCUGCCGACCUGGAGCGCGCGGCGCGCAAACAGUUCCAGCAGGAUGUCACGCCGGUGUUCGUGUACGUCCUCGCCGUUUUCUCGGCUAUCGGUGGCUUUCUGUUCGGCUAUGACACGGGGGUGGUGUCCGGGGCGAUGCUGCUCCUCAAAAGGGACAUGAACAUCAGUGCCUUGUGGCAGGAGCUGCUGGUGUCCGGGACUGUGGCUGCGGCGGCGGUGUCCGCGCUGCUCGGCGGGUGCCUAAACGGGCUGUUCGGCCGGCGGGUGUGCAUCCUCACGGCCAGCUUCACCUUCGCCGUCGGGGGGGUCGUGUUGGGAUCUGCUCCUAAUAAGGAGGCACUGCUGGUUGGACGGCUCAUCUUGGGACUUGGGCUGGGUAUUGCCUCGAUGACCAUUCCGGUGUACAUCGCUGAAACAUCGCCGCCGCAUCUAAGAGGACGCCUGGUCACCAUCAACACUCUGUUCAUCACAGCGGGACAGUUCACAGCCAGCAUUAUUGAUGGAGCCUUCAGCUACAUGAAGCACGAAGGCUGGAGGUACAUGUUGGGUCUGUCAGUGAUCCCUGCGCUGCUGCAGUUCCUAGGGUUCCUCUUCCUACCAGAAAGUCCCCGUUGGCUCAUUCAGAAAGGUUUGACCCAGAAGGCCCGGCGUGUGCUCAGCCAAAUCCGUGGCAACCAGAACAUCGACGAGGAGUAUGAUACUAUCAAAAGCAGCAUCGAAGAGGAGGAAAAGGACUGCGGAGGAGAGGGCCCGGUGAUCUGGCGCAUGCUGACCUUCCCUCCGGCUCGCCGUGCUCUGAUUGUGGGCUGUGGACUGCAGAUGUUCCAGCAGCUUUCCGGCAUCAACACCGUCAUGUACUACAGCGCCACCAUUCUGCAGAUGUCAGGAGUGCGAGACGAUAAGCUGGCCAUCUGGCUGGUGACUGUAACGGCGUUCACUAAUUUCCUGUUUACGCUUCUGGGUGUUUGGCUGGUGGAAAGAGUAGGGAGACGCAAACUUACAUUGGGCAGCAUCUUCGGCACUGUUUUGAGUCUUUGUCUGCUGUCUGUUGGGUUCCUCCUGUCCGCCCAGCAUUCUCCGCCUGUUACUCUACAUCUGUCCGAUCCCACAACACCCAACUCCAGCUGCGCAGCACAUCUGUCAUGCGAGCCCUGUAUGCUGGACCCUGGCUGUGGUUACUGUUAUCAGGAAAACAGCACUGCUGUGUUCGCCUCCUCCUGUGUGCCUGUCAAUCCGGCCUCCACUGAGAGAGCAGCGUGGGGCAAAUGCUCUAAUACCACACAUUUGCCAGACAGUGGUAUAUGGGCCUAUAACUUCUGCCCAACUUCUUAUUCAUGGGUUGUGCUUUUGGGACUUGUGCUCUACCUUGCAUUUUUUGCCCCAGGAAUGGGGCCGAUGCCAUGGACGGUUAAUUCUGAAAUCUACCCCCUUUGGGCCAGAAGCACAGGCAACGCUUGUUCUGCCGGAGUGAACUGGACUUUCAAUGUGCUGGUGUCCCUGACGUUCCUUCACAUGGCCCAGUACUUCACUUACUAUGGCGUAUUCUUCCUCUACACCAGUUUGGCUCUUACGGGCUUCUUUUUCAUCUACGGUUGCCUCCCUGAGACUAAAGGACGGCGGCUAGAAGAGAUCGAAUCCUUGUUUGAAAACCGACUCUGCUCGUGCGGCAUCUCGGAUUCUGACGAGGACCGGCAAGUGGAAUACAUCCGGGUAAAAGGCUCAAACUACCACCUAUCGGACAAUGACGCGUCUGAUGUUGAAUAACUGGUGUGAAACCUGUGGUCUGGUAAACGGGGAUGAGAAGGCAUCGACUGCGCCUCGCUCGAUCCCCACGUCAGGUUGGCUCACUGUAUCGGUCAGAUCGAGUCUCUCUCAUCCAGACGUCCACCGCGAUGGCAAGAACAGGGUUGUAGAGCACACACAAACAAACACGCAGUGCCAAGUCAGCUUUUAUAAUGUUGUGAGUGUGCUCAUUCCUCCACCGGCAGAUGAAAACACACUCAUCAUUCGUGUAAAAGGUGUUUAGCUGUAAAUGCAGUAAUAUAUAUGCAGAAGGAUAUUACUGUUUUUGUUUUCUUUGUCAUGUUUAAGCACGAACAAAAAGCUCAUUUUAAAUCUUGAAAUAACACUUACAUUAAAAAAGAUAAGAUAUGCUACCAGUCAACACUUUCGACACACUGACUUAUUCUUAAUGGACCCUUUUCAGAAACUAAGAUGAUGCAAUUCUGUAGUGAUUAACAUUGUACAUUGAACAGAUUUUUAUUCUGCACUAUCAUAGAUUAAAUUUUUUUAGAGGCCAUAUGUUAUAUUUUUUCUUUCCUGUUUUUUAUUUUCAUUUACGUAAUUUUCACUUGAUCUGGACAUAUAAUUUUUCAUAAAAAACUAGUUAUGUCAAAAAAACAACAGUCACGAUUACACGAAAAACAAAUGUUGAUAUCAAGAGAAAAUAAAACUUGUGGUUGCGUAAAUAUUACAAGAAAAUAAAACUCAAGAUCACACGAAAACGAGUUAUGGCAAGAUAAUGAGAAUAUAACAGUUACAAACACGCAAAAACCAGUAAUGUUGAGAUCACAAGAAAAUUAAACUUACAAUUACGUGAAAAUGAGUAAUGUCAAGAUCAUGAGAAUAUAAAAGUUCUGAUAACAUGCAAACAAAUUAUGUCAGUUGUGAUCACGGAAAAAUACGUUAUGUCGAGAUCACGAAAAAAUAAAAGUUGCGAUAAUGUAAAAACGAGUGAUGUCGAGAUCACGAGAAAAUAAAAGUUGCAUUAACGUGAAAACGAGUGAUGUCGAGAUCACGAGAAAAUAAAAGUUGCGAUAACGUAAAAAUGAGUGAUGUUGAGAUCACGAGAAAAUAAAAGUUGUGAUAACGUGAAAACGAGUGAUGUCGAGAUCACGAGAAAAUAAAAGUUGCGAUAAUUUGAAAUCGAGCGAUGUCGAGAUCACGAGAAAAUAAAAGUUGCGAUAACAUGAAAACGAGCGAUGUCGAGAUCACGAGAAAAUAAAAGUUGCGAUAACAUGAAAACGAGCGAUGUCGAGAUCACGAGAAAAUAAAAGUUGCGAUAACAUGAAAACGAGUGAUGUCGAGAUCACGAGAAAAUAAAAACAAAUUAUGUCAGUCGCGAUUAUGAAAAAUAAGCUAUGUCGAGAUAAAAGUCGUGAUCACGGGAAAACCAGUUAUGUCAAGAUUACGAGAAAAUAAAAGUCACGAUCACACAAAAAUAAGUCAAGUCAAGAUCAUGAGAAAACUCAGGUCUUGAUCAUGAGAAAACAAAAGAGAAAAGAAUGAUAUAAUACAUGGCCUCUUAGGAAUUCCAUACCAUUCAUACCUAUAUAAGUUUAUCCUGGAAAGUGUCCAUUGAAAUGUUCACCUUCUAAUCAUCAAAACAAAUAUUCAAAUGCCAUUUUAAUAGAUGUCUGGGAAUUAUGUAGAGAUUAAAAGUAACUCAACAAGUAAUUAUUUUUGUUCUGGGCAUUCAAGUGUGUCUCAAUUUUUGACUAGUAGUCCAUAAAUCAAUCUAAUUGCUUAACAUAACGCGAGUCCCUGAAUAUGAACCAAUGAUAAAUCUAAAGUUAUUAACCUCACGUCCCCCGGCCUCGAUUAAAACCUUCCACACUCUGAAACGUGUAGCAUAUUGCCUUGCUUGUAUGUAAUAUGCGACCUGCCUUUCACCGUCUGGUUUUUGAACAGUUUAUUUUGUAAAGAACCGUCAAGUUUGUAGGAUUAGAGAUCAUUGACACAAAGUCUUAUGUAGCUUUCUGCGGUUUCCUGUGAUCGUGUAGUGUGGCCUUAUAAAAUCUUCACAAAUGUAUUUAUUUAUUUAUGUUACGACCUUGUUUCAUCUUAAUUUAAUUUUAAUUUAAUGUUUACAUUUUUAAAUAGCUUUUUGUUAUUAAAUAUAUAUUUUAAUAUGAUUUUAAGUUGUCUUCCUUAUAGCCUAGUGUACAAAAAUCAUUUUAUUGGUCUUGUCUGAGGAAUAAUGUAGGCUAUCUGUUUUGACGAGUACAGUGUAAUAUCCGAUGUUCUGUUGUGCUAAGUAUUCAGUUAGACAAAUACACACGACAGCGUGCCAAACUGACCUGGAAAAACUCUGUGUUGUGGUUCUAGCUUUCUUGAAAACCAAGCUGAUGACUCCUGUAAAAGCAACCCAAUAACGUGUCGACUCAACUUCCUGUUUAAAGGGUUCAGUGAUGCAUAAUUGUGCACAUCAGGCCUUGUGUAUUGUGCGUUUUUGUUCAGACACUUGGUUACGUGUUAGUUGACAUUUUCAAAACUUCAUUUGGUUGAACAAAGUACUAAUGAAAUUGGCAGAAUGUUUGGCAUUUUAGCUCAGUUUGACCUUAAAGGAAUAAUUCACCCACAAAUGGCCGUUUACUCACCCUCACACAGGUCCAGAUAAUAAUAAUAUUCUAUGAAAUAUAAAAUGAUUUCCAUAUAAUAAAGCCACAGAGGUAAAUAAUAGUCUAAUAAAAUAAAACCAUUCAUUCAAUCUCUUGGGCUUGGCCGGGUCACGGGGGCAGCAGUCUCAGGAGAAAACCCCAGACUUCCCUCUCCCCAAAACUUCCUCCAGCUCCUCCAAGGGGAUCCCGAGGCAUUCCUAGGCCAGCUGAGAGACAUAGUCCCUCCAGUGUGUCCUGGGUCUUCUCCGAGGCCUCCUCCUGGUGGGACAUGCCUGGAACACCUCCCUAGGUAGACGUCCAAGACGCAUUCGAAACAGAUGCCCGAGCCACCUCAGCGGACCUCUCUCGAUGUGGAUGAGCAGCGGCUCUACUCCGAGCUCCUCCCGGGUGACAGAGCUCCUCACCCUAUAAAGGUGCGUCCUGCCAUCCUGAGAAGGAAACUCAUUUCAGCCACAGAUCUUGUCCUUUCGGUCAUGACCCAAAGCUCAUGACCAUAGGUGAGAGUAGGAACGUAGAUUGACCUGUGAAUCAAAAGCUUUGCCUUUCCGCUCAGCUCCUUCUUUACCUCAACGGACCGGUACAUCAAUCUCACGUUCCACCCUUCCCUCACUCAUGAACAAAACCUCAACAUACUUGAGCUCCUCCACCUGGGGUAAGGACUUUCCUCCAAUCUGGAGAUGGCAAACCACCUCUUUCUGGUGAAGCACCAUGGCCUCGGACUUGGAGGUGCUGAUUCUCAAGUCACAUUCGGCAGCAAACCACCCCAGUGCGUGCUGAAGAUCCAUGUCCAAUGAAGCCAACAGAACAACAUCAUCUGCAAAUAACAGAUGAAAUCCUGUGUUCCCGGAACCGGAACCCCUCUGGCCAAAGGCUGCGCUUUAAAACUCUGUCCAUAAAAUGAAGUAAAUAAAACUUAACUAGGCGACGCAGUGGCGCAGUAGGUAGUAGUGCUGUGGCCUCACAGCAAGAAGGUCGCUGGUUCGAGCCUCGGCUGGAUCAGUUGGCGUUUCUGUGUGGAGUUUGCAUGUUCUCCCUGUGUUGGCGUGGGUUUCCCCCACAGUCCAAAGACAUGUGGUACAGGUGAAUUGGGUAGGCUAAAUUGUCCGUAGUGUUGAGUGUGGAUGAGUGUGUAUGGAUGUUUCCCAGAGAUGAGUUGCAGCUGGAAGGGCAUUCGCUGCGUAAAACAUAUUCUGGAUAAGUUGGCGGUUCAUUCCGCUGUGGUGACCCCGAAUUAAUAAAGGGACUAAACCGAAAAGAAAAUGAAUGAAAAUGAAACUAAAUUACAUUUGUGGGUGAACUAUUACUUUAAGAAAUCAAAUUUCUGACAUAAAAUGUAUUGAGUGGAGUACAGGAAGUGACCUAAUUAAAGGUUUCAGUCGACAUGUGUGAUGUAAUUGAGAGUUUUAUUGAACAGUUUCAUGUGUUUGACUUUUAG